ACAUGGAGACCUCGGACUCUCGUACUUGCAUUGUUUGGUCUUCCUAUCAGGAACCAGUGAUGCCUUCCUUCGCUGCAUGUCAGACUUGUUGGUUGCCAACAUCAUCAGUAAAGCGAGCUUGUUUACUACUCUUCGGUUCUUAAGACGACACCUCGCGAUCUCAAUGAGGACACGGAAUAGUGCAGCUCUCUCAACCUCUGCAAACUACCGUCAAGAUGAUCACACUCGGGCAUCUCACCCUGACAGCUAUCGCCAUCAUCCUCACCUCUCACCUCCCGCUCGUCCCCACGACCACCACAAACUCAUCCGGACCACCCCAAGCCCACACUCUCAACGGCACUUACACCGGCCUUCACCUCCCCUUCUUCUCUCAAGACCUCUUUCUCGGCAUUCCAUACGCCCAAUCCACCGCCGACACCAACCGCUUCCGCCCUCCACAAUCCCUCAACACAAGCUGGUCCGGCUCCCACUCAGCAACCACCUACUCCCCCGCCUGCCCCGAUCAUGCGCCCCCGUCACCAAUCGACAACGACACUCUCCACGGCAUGUCCGAGGACUGCCUAUCCAUUAACAUCGUCCGGGCAUCAGGAGAGCAAAAGCCACUACCAGUCGUCCUCUGGAUCCACGGCGGCUCCUACCAAUUCGGCACUUCCGGUCUACCGCGCUACAACCUGAGUUUCAUCGUCCAGCGGUCCGUGGAGAUGGGCAAGCCGAUACUGGCGGCUAGCAUCAACUACCGCAAGUCUUCGUGGGGACUGCUGUUCUCUCAGGAAAUCAUGGGUAGUGGGAACACGAACCUGGCGCUGAGGGAUAUGAUCAAGGCGCUGGAGUGGGUGCAGGAGAACAUCGCCGGCUUCGGCGGGGAUCCAGGACGGGUGACGAUCUGGGGCGAAAGCAGCGGGAGUUUUGCCGUUGGUCAGUUGGUGGUUGCUUAUGGGGGGAGGUUGGGGGGUCCUGCCAGUGCACCAGGCAAGGGUGACGGGAAAGGAAAAGAGAAAGGGAAAGGGAAAGGCACCGGCAAGCCGCUCUUCCACGCAACAAUCCAAGAAUCCGGCUCCGCCACCACAGCCUGGUACAACGGUACCGAACGCUACCAGCCCAUCUACGACCUCUUAGUCCAGCGAGCCAACUGCUCCGAAGCCAUCGACACCCUCGCCUGUCUACGCACCAUCCCUUAUCCGGAUCUCUACCCCCUCAUGAGCCCUUACACGCUCAUAACCGACGGCGGACCGGGCUUCUACCCCAUCAUCGACGGCGACCUGCUUCCCGCCUUCCCCUCCUUCCUCCUAGCCCAAGGCCGCUUUGCGAGCGACAUCCCGCACUUGCUGGGUACUAACUCGGAUGAAGGCACGGACAACGCGCCGCGCUGGGGAAUUUCCACCGACGAACAGAUUUUUGCCUUGGUGCGGAACCAAUCCGGCUUCAACUUUCCCGAAUCCACGGUCCAACAAAUCCUAGACCUCUACCCCGACGACCCGGCCAAGGGAAUCCCGCUUGACACGGGUAACACGACCUUCCAAGAAACGAGCAAAAGAGGCAAGCAAUAUAAACGCGCCGCUGCCAUACUAGGCGACGUCUUUUACCACUCCCCCCGCUUGUUCGAUGCCCGACACUACUCUUUCUACCACGGCAGCAGCCCCAACAGCACGUUUGUGUACCGGUUCAACACCCGCCCUUGGCUUUCUCAGGUUAACUUGCAGUACCAAGGCCUGUUGGCAGCAACAAACGAGGUGAACGUCACCUGCGAGCCACAAGCUGCCGGAUCGUUUGGAAAGGGGGAGACGAGAUGCGGAGCGCUGGCUCCGGCGGCGGAUGGAGUCACGCACGCGACGGAGUUGGCUUUUGUCUUUCAGCAUCCAGAGUUUUUGGGGCCGUGGAAGGGGUAUUGGGGGUUGAGUGAUGUGAUGACGGAGUUUUGGCUUAACUUUGUUAGUGACGGGACGCCUAAUGGGGAUCAGAAUAGGGACAGGAAGGAGGUGGUAGUGUGGCCGGCGUAUGGGAGUGGUGAUGGUGAGGAAGGUGUGGAUUUGGUGCUGCAGACUGAGGAGCAGGGAGGGUUGGUGGUUGAGAGGGAUACGUGGAGGUUAGAGGGCCGGGAGCUUUUGGGGAGGUGGGCUAGGAGGAGGAAUGUUUGAGGUUGUGUCCGUUACCUUCAACCGAUGAUCGUUUCGUGCCACACUAGUUCAAGCUUGAAUAAGAAGCGCGAAACGAGAUUCAUCCCCGUCACGCUGGCCGGUAUUUCUCGGUCAUGGACCAAACGUCAACACCAUGAUAUAAUCUACAACUUUAACGGAGUCAUUGAUGUUGGCCAACGUUAUGAAGAGCCUUUAUUAACAAAAGUCUCGUCCAUCUCUCGUUACUCAGUAAUCGC